AUAUAAAAUUAAUUACAUAUUUUAUGUGUUAACAUCGCAUAGCCUCACACAUUCGUCACUAAUUAGGUUUAUACACAGCUUGAAAUCGGAAAUGCCGACGCAGAUCUUUGGGGUUCAACCUGUUUUGCUUUAAACCGCACAAAGAACACCGAUCUGCUCUAAAGAUCUCCCCCUUCCGGGACUCCCCUUCUCGCCAGCUCAGAGAGUGAAUCCCUCGCAAAAGCUUGUCAAGCUGGCAAUAAUAAAAUCCGCAACUGAUAAGCCCUGAGAAGAGCAGUUACCCUCUGGCAUCAGAUCUCUGCGCAUCAUGCUUUCCGCUUCUCGUUGUGCUGCUCAGCUACUGGCUGCUGUUUGCCUCCUCCUCCUCCUGGUCACCGCCGGCAAGCCAUCGCGUCACCGAACUACACAGGCGGAUGACUGCCCAACGAUCAAGUUGAAGCGUCAAUGGGGUGGUAAGCCAUCACAGGGUCUCCACUAUCAAAUCCGUCCCAUACGCUAUGUGGUUAUCCAUCACACGGUCACCGGCGAGUGCACGGGGCUACUCCAGUGCGCCGAGAUACUCCAGAAUAUGCAGAAUUAUCAUCAAACGGAGCUGGAUUACGAGGAUAUUAGUUACAACUUUCUAAUUGGCAGUGAUGGCAUUGUUUACGAGGGCACUGGCUGGGGAUUACGUGGAGCCCACACUUAUGGCUACAAUGCCAACGGCACGGGCAUAGCUUUUAUAGGCAGUUAUGUGGACAAACUUCCUACGGUGGCGGCGCUACAAUCGGCCAAAAGUCUUCUAAGCUGCGGGAUUCGUAAGGGGGAACUGAGCGAGGAUUAUGCCCUGAUCGCCGCCUCGCAGGUGAUAAGUACCCAGAGUCCAGGACUGACGCUGUAUAAUGAGAUUCAGGAGUGGCCGCACUGGCUUUCAAAUCCCUAAAUAAACAAUUAUUUUUCUCUGUGUA